GGAGGGGGAUGAUGGCGGCCACGUUCUUCGGUGAGGUGGUUAAGGCGCCAUGCCGAACCAGGACGGAGGACGAGGAGGAAGAAGACGAGGAGAGAACGGAGACGCCCGAAGACAGGGAGGUCCGGCGGCAGUUGGCACGGAAGAGGGAGGUGCGGCUCCAUCGAAGACAAACAAAAACAUCCUUGGAAGUCUCUCUGCUGGAAAAAUAUCCUUGCUCCAGGUUUAUCCUUGCGGUGGGAAAUAAUGCAGUAGCAUUUUUGUCAUCAUUUGUCAUGAAUUCGGGAGCCUGGGAAGAAGUUGGCUGUGCUAAACUCUGGAAUGAGUGGUGUAGAACAACAGGCACUGCACAUCUCUCCCCCUCAGAGGCUUUCUGUGUGUUUUAUCACCUGAAAUCAAACCCCUCGGUUUUCCUUUGUCAGUGCAGUUGCUACGUGGCUGAGGACCAGCAGUACCAGUGGCUGGAGAAGGUGUUUGGCUCUUGCCCGAAGAAGAACAUGGAAGUCACUGUCCUCACGAGUCGGCACGUCACCGACUAUAAGGCCUCGGAGUCUCCCAGCAGCCUCCGCUGUCCCUUCCUGAGGGCCCUGAAGACGCAGGCGCUCAAGGAGCCCCCGUGCUGCCCGCUGCUGGAGCAGCCGAACAUCGUGCACGACCUCCCUGCGGCAGUUUUGAGUUACUGUCAAGUGUGGAAGCUCCCUGCCGUCCUGUACCUGUGUUACACGGACGUGAUGAAGUUAGACCUGGUCACGAUGGAAGCUUUUAAGCCCGUACUUUCUUCCCGAAGCUUCAAAGGUUUGGUUAAGAACAUUCCCCAGAGCACGGAGAUCCUGAAGGGACUGGUGACGUCAGACGAGAUCCAGAGUAACAUUUACACGUGACCCCAGACACGUGACCCCACCGGUGUCACCUGUCCCUUCCUUGGGGCCAGCUGCACUGUUCCAUUAGGUUCCUUUUCCUCCAGGGGGCGUUUGGAGGGUGUUAAUAACAGAAUAAAUUGAUAUUAAAGUCA